UCGGAACACUCUCGACAUUUUUAUCUCUCAUUGGAGCUCUCCUCCUCAGUGGGUAGAGAGAGAAAAUCCACGUUUUCUAGAGAGAGAAGGGGAAGCGAAGCUUGAAAAACAGAGAUUCGACUCUCUCUCGUGCUUUCUAGGGUUAGGGUUUUAUCCUUUUUCGGGUAGAAGUUCAAAGAGAAAAAGAAAAAGAAGCUCCGACCUAAAUUUUAGACGUUAAAGGUUGCGAUUCUUUGCUUUAUUACUAAUAUUUUAAUUGGAAUUUUCUUUCUCUCGGAUGAAUUUUCUCGGGAAAAUUUAGCGUCGACUGUAAGUUGCCUUUUGCCCGUUUAUCUGGUUUUUCUAUGCAGUAAAAUUCCUUUUAUAAACCGACGAUUCUUCCACCUCAAGCAAAGGUGUUUUUACAAGUUUGAAUUUUCGCCAUUUUUUUUUUGGGAAAAUAAAAAAUUGACUGCUUUUUCUUUCCACCAAUUUUUUUUCCCUUUUUACUUUCCUUUUUGUGGUAUUAAUUCGUGGAGUUACUGGUAGUAGUGGGGUUAGAAUCUGCUCUGAAUGUUUAGUUUGGAUAAGAAAGUUUCAAUCUUUGGAGAAAUUGGGGUUUUUUGUGAUGUUGUUUUUGUGAAAAUUGGAGAAAGUGUUGAGUGAAACUUGAUGAAGGGUCGGAGUAUUGAUUUGGGAUGAUGUGGAUUUUGUGAUUAAGGUGGAAAAGAUGGUUGGAAUGGGGAAUUCUGGAAUUAUUUGAGGGUUGCAGCAUGAGUUGCAGAGUGAGGAGCGGCGGAAGGGAAGAGAGGGAGCGUGAGCAAGCGGUUUUGAGGAACUCUGUGGAGGGUGUCGAGCCUAAAUCAGGCACGCAGAAUGGUUUGAUUGCUGCCCAGCAGCUGACAAUCGACGACAAUUUGCUGGUGGACCCGAAAUUGUUGUUUGUCGGGGCAAAAAUUGGUGAGGGAGCGCAUGGGAAGGUUUAUGAAGGAAGGUACGGAAAUCAAAUUGUGGCUGUCAAAGUCCUCCAUCGUGGUAGCACUACGGAAGAAAGAGCUGCGCUUGAGGGUCGUUUUGCCCGUGAAGUUAAUAUGAUGUCGCGAGUAAAACAUGAAAAUCUUGUUAAGGUAAGUGCCGUGAUUAAACAUGUCCUCUUUAGUUCAUGGAUGCUCAAACGGGUGCAGGCCGUUGGCUUUCAUGUUGGUUUCAGUGGAAUUCUUAAUUUUAUUCUACUGUCUAUACAGUUCAUUGGAGCUUGUAAGGAGCCACUAAUGGUGAUAGUUACUGAGCUAUUACCUGGGAUGUCACUUAGGAAGUACCUGAUGAGUAUUCGUCCAAAUCCAUUAGAGCUCCAUGUGGCCAUUAAAUUUGCUCUUGACAUCGCUCAUGCUAUGGAAUGUUUACAUGCCAAUGGGAUCAUACAUAGAGAUCUAAAACCUGAUAAUUUGUUGCUUACAGCAAAUCAGAAACAUGUAAAGCUUGCAGAUUUUGGUCUUGCAAGAGAAGAAAGUGUUACAGAGAUGAUGACGGCAGAAACUGGGACUUACCGCUGGAUGGCUCCUGAGCUGUAUAGCACGGUUACUCUACGCCAGGGAGAGAAGAAGCAUUACAAUAACAAGGUUGAUGUAUAUAGCUUUGGGAUUGUCUUAUGGGAAUUAUUGACUAACCGCAUGCCCUUCGAAGGCAUGUCCAAUUUGCAGGCUGCUUAUGCUGCUGCUUUCAAGCACGCGAGGCCUCUACUUUCGGAGGACGUAUCCCCUGAUCUUGCAUUUAUCAUCCAGUCAUGUUGGGUUGAAGACCCUAAUCUAAGGCCUACGUUCAGCCAGAUCAUCCGCAUGCUCAACUCAUUCCUCUUCAAGCUCUCACCACCCUCACCGCCUAUACCAGACACUGACACGAAAGAAGCAGCAGCGAGUAACGGUACAGUGACUGAAUUCUCUGUCCGGACAAGAGGGAAGUUCGCUUUCCUUAGGCAACUGUUCAAUGCCAAGAGGACCAAGAGCUCACAAUGAGCAGGCAAAAUUUUUUGGAAACCAUCUUUUCGUUCCUACUGCAGGAACGCAAUCACACGAUCGUCGAUAGAAGUUUAGCAAAUUCGUGAUUAAUCACUCGAAAAACGAUGACAUAAUGUGCAAACGACGAGAGAACACGAAUUCAAAUAGUGCCUUGACGAGAAAAGAAUAGAAAAAAAAAUUGAGGAUUGUUCACAUUGUGUAGGAGGUGACCUUAUUGUAAAGGAAAAAUACAUGGUUUUUGGACAAUUUUCUCUUAACAAACGUUACCCUUCC